CAACCUGGUGCAGGCGGGGUCUGCCAGCUGGAGGCAGAGUCAAUCAGCUCUCAGUUGGCAUCUCACCGCUUUAGACCUCCACACCGCAUCACGCCCUGAGUGGAAUGGAAGAAAAGGACAAGAAAGACCAUGGGGAGUAUAUCGGAGCGAUAAAGGGUGGGAUGCGGCCUUCAAUGAAACUGGUUAUUAUGGGAAUUAUUAACAAGAAACCAAAAAGCAUUGAGCUGAUUCUGUCCAGCGCUCCUCUGGAGGAGGACACAGACGGCGACGUGGGACUUCAGUUAAAGGUCAACUUCCCGGAUAAAGCCGUCCAACGCAACGCCCGGUCGGCUGGGAAGUGGGGUAAACCUGAAACUACCCUCUCUUUUUUUCCUUUUGCACCUGGAGAAUCCUUCAAGAUGGAGAUAGUUUGUGAGCACCAGCAGUUUCGUAUCUUGGUGGACGGACAGCCUCUGUGUGGAUUCACCCACCGGGUCUCCCCGCUCGCCUCCCUCACUGCCUUACGAGUCUUCGGAGAUCUACAGCUCACCAAGGUGGCCUAACACCAGCUAUUAAGGAAAAAUAAAAAUAAAAAUACAUAAGGAUGUUCUGGGACAGUAUUAAAUACAUACAUUUAGAAUUGAGCUACUUUUUUCGAGUGAGUAAAUUAACAGGGACGUUGUGUCUCCAGAUCCAAAUGAAGUGACGCCUGCCUCGUAAUCACGUGUUAAGACAAAGUGCCUUCACUAGAUUACCUGUUUGGAGACUUGAAGAUAGUGACUGAUUGUGACAGUCGUCAAUGUCUUAAAUAAACUGAAGAAUGUGAUUUGAACUGAAGUGAAUUAAGUUUUCAGCAAAAGCUAUAGUAUUUUCCCUCAAUGAGCAUGUGUACAAAGACGAUGUGUCACCGGAGUGAUUCAUCUGUCUUUGUGCAUCUUAAGGUCCAGUGUGGAGGAUUUAUUGGCACCUAGCGGCAAGGUUGUAAAUUGCAACCAACUGAAUACCCCUCGUUUAACCCUACCUCCCCUUGCGGCUGCUAGAAAAAGGCAAAGGGCCCUCUCUGAAGCCAUAGUUAGGUUUGUCUGUUCUUGGCUACUGCAGAGACAGAGACCCACUCCCUCUGUUGAUAUAAAGGGCUCAUUUUAAAGCAACAAAAACUCUAAUGAUACUCACGUUGCGUUCCAGUCAAGCCAGACGAGCUCGAACACUUCAGACUUUCAAGAAUCAGUGCAACAUCAUCCAACCCUGUCUGGUGUCACCCAGCAAAGGCAGCACCGAUGGGAAGGUGGGAGGAUGUGUUUGUAGACCACAGGAUUUGAAUUAGGCAAGUAAAUGGAAUAUUAAAACAUGUUUCCAGGUAUAAAAAGGUUGAAAAAUAAGAUGUAUAAUGGCGCAUGUUACCUCACGCACAGUAUCUCUGCCUCUGUCAGUUCAGUUGUGCAUACAAAUGAAAAAGAAGUUUGUUGUGGUCAGCCAUGUUUUUGUUUACUUUGGGUGAACCUGGUAAGUUUAGGGCGACACCAGGACGACAGCCAACUGCUGGCACCUCUCAGUCCUUGUUGGCAGCUUUACGGCUGACUUACCAUGUUGAUUCAAUGUGAGAAAUCACCCUGAUUGGCUGUUUAGUUGAGCGAAUAAGUGCACAAGAAGAGAAAUAUAAUGUGAUUUCGCCCCCUUUUGUUUGAUUCCUACCUUAUUUUUUGCCUCCAUGUCUUCCCCAGUUCUAUUUGACACUUUUUAGCAGACAUAUUUUCAAUUAGAAGUAAGAGUGGUGGGAAAUAAAAUGCUGCUUCUUUAUAACAAUGUGAGGUAUAACAAAAUAUUGUAUUUCAGUCCAGAGUUUUCUGGUUUCCUGUUUUAAAUGCUGAAUACAGACUACAGCCUCCUAGCAGGCUGGACAUCGGCUUUAGUCUUUGUGUUGUGUUCAAGUGCAGCUUUUUGGAUGAGGAGACGUCAACAUGAGUCUGACUUACUGGAACGCAGCAUUACUUUCAGGUGUUUGUACACCGAUAAAAAACAUAAUUAUAAACAUGACAUUUCUGCCCUUAAAUCCCCCAGAAUCCUGCACACCGGACCUUUAAAUCUCAGACGUUUGUCUUUGAUUUCUCUGGGGUUAACCUUUGAAAGCACUUACGUUUACGAGCGCCUGCAUGAAGAUGAAUGUCUCUGAACCUCGAUUGAUUGUCAUUCUGUGCCCGACUAAGUACUGUAACAGGUGUAAACAUGUAAAACAACUUCUACGUUAGUGCAUGCCAGUAAUACAUACAGUAUGUUACCUCCCUCUGAGCAGGAAGGAUUAGGUUAUGUCACACUUUGAGUUAUUCUACCUUUGAAAAGCUAUCAACACCCACUGGUUUGUGUACGUGUCUUUUAUCACUAGCACUUUUUAUGUGAAUGUUUCAUAUUGACUUUACUUCACUGCAAUAAAUCACUUUUGUUGUUA